CGUUUGGAGCACUUUGAAGUGUCGAAAAAGUGAGUGUAGAUUUUUUUAGACACAUUUUUCCACGGAAAAACCCAUGAAAAUAGGGAAGUUUUUGCUGUAAAUACAUCAUAAAAGUGUUGUGCAUGGUGGUAUGAUUGAUUUGGUGAUAUUGUGAUAGAUGUAGGGGUUGUUUUUCCUGGUGUUUUUGUUAUGUAAAAAAGAGAGGUUUUUCUCUUUUGGCUGUCGAAAUCCGUGCAGAUGGAGACGCAGGGAAUGGAAUGGCACAUUUUCAUGGUGAAAAUUUCGUGAAAUUGGGCUAAAAGUGACGCCAAGUGCUAAGAAAAAGUGCAAAAAAUUAAUUGUGUGGAAGAAAACGUGACUGGGGUGAGGCAGAAGUACCUACUGGAUUGUUUUAUUUUUUUCUGAGGUGGCUCUCUGGGAGUUGUGUGAAAAUUGCAGUGACAAUUUUGAUUGCACAGUGCAGUAGGCUCCUUGGACAAUUUUUACACUGUGUUCCAGAGACCCUGAUUCCUGGGUAUCCAGGCUGAUUACUUCAUCUUGGGACAAGUAGCUGUGGGCAAAAUGGAUGUAUGCACCCACUUUCCGGCCAUCAGCGCCCCCAGAAAUCAUCAAUGAACAGCUCUAUGUGAUUUUUCGCAUUGUUCACACAACAAAAUAAAAAUAGAAGAGCAUGGAAAAGGCGAAAGCCUACAUAAAGAACGAACUUAGGGGCUCCUUGACACAGGCAGAGUCUCCGGCACAUCCUCAUUAUCCGGGAUCAGGUCACCACAAUCCAUCGCAGCAAACUGAGAAUGCCGAUAGUGUGAUGUCUAUAUGCUUUGUGUGUGGAAUACGUGGAGUUCUUGAGCAAUUUCCCUUGAGAGUACGGCCAAAUCCGGAGAGACCCAAUGAGCCGAAUUUUCCCUUUUUGGAGGGUCAUGAACCACCGACGGGUCUUCCGCCGGUAUCACCGUCUCAGCCAAUUGUCCGGGCAUGUUUUCUCUGUUUCAAGUUACUGAUGAAGCAAUGGGAGAGUCAUGAGCGCGAUGGUCGUCCGUAUGCUCAGAGGUUGUACCAUCUCAAGAGGGUGGAUGGAAAGGGGUAUGUGGGAGCGGAUAUGAGUGUUCAGGGUGAGUAUGCAGCACAGAUUUUGGGAUUGAGUGCUGAACACUUGGCCAGUGGACAGCAACAGCCGUAUCAACAAUAUGGAGGUAGUCAGCGUGAUUCACGGCCAACAUCUCGAGAUCCUCAGCUGCAUGCUCACCUAUCACCGUAUCCCAGUCAAAUGGUGGCACGCAAUGAGAGUCCCAUAAGGCCGACGUCACGCAAUGAGUCACCGGUGGCCAAGGAGGCAUACUAUAAGCGUACGCCAGACAUGUACAAUCGACCGUCCAGUAGAAAUGAGAAGAUUCCAACGCCAACAUCUCGACCAGUGUCCAGGGAGAAUGUUGGUGCUGGAACAAAUCUUCAGCAGCAGCAGCAGCAGCAGCAACAGCAGCCGGCACGGGUAAAUUCGUAUGAGGGCAUCAGCAUAAGACCAUCAUCAUUUGCCCAUCAUAAAUACAAAUUGGGAUCAUUGGGCUAUAUGAAUGCUGCUGCAGCUGCUGCUGCUCAGGUUGAUGCUGCAGCCCAGCAAAUGUCCAGUCAGCAGCAAAUGCUGAAAACCCAAUCUCCCUAUAAUACCCUUCAACCAUCUCCGGGGCCCUUUCAGCAGGACGAAGAGGGUGCCCUGGAUCUUCGGAAUACGUCAUCACGCAGCUCAGAUUCAUCAUCGACAAUGCCCUCAGCGACAGAUAUUCUGGAUCUCUCCAUGCCAGAUAAGAAUUCCAUGACGGAGGUUUGCUAUGUCUGUGGUGAGGAGUAUCGCAGGGGGAGUCUCACGGAAUUGAGUACGGUGAUGCCGAAGGAGCAGAAGGAUCGCGAUAAACCCUAUUUUCCCAUUUUUGGUGAAACCCAUCCCAGACCGGCUCGAUCGAGGCCAAAGGAUCCCAAAGGCAUGAUACAGGCCUGCAAACUGUGCUAUCAGCAUAUGCUGCAGCAGUGGCAUCAUUUUCAGGCACACAAUAUUCCUGAUGCAGAGCGUCACUAUAAAUUGAGGAAGCGUCCAGCAUCGGUGGGUGAGCGUGAAAGGGCCACUUUUGUCUGCUAUACAUGUGGCACAGAUAGUCCAUCGUCACAAUUGAGGCUUGUUUAUUGCUGCCCAAAUGCCGAACGUGAACCAUACUAUCCAUUCAUCAAGACACUCAAAGCCUUUCCCAAUGCUAGUCCUAUCAGUCCGCAGGGCAUGGUGCAAAUAUGUUCCUCGUGCAAUGAAAAGCAUUCGCACUUAGCUGAAGGUGGUGGUGCUACCAGCAUUGAUGGCAGAUUUACACCGUCCGAUAACAAGUCACAAGCCAAUUCGGAAACCAGUAAUGUGCGGUUUAAGCCUUAUGAAACGAUAUCACUUAAUUCAGCUGGUGCGGCCAUUGUGAGGGAUUCAAAGAGCCUUCGGCGAGAUUCGAGACCAAAUACACCACCUCAUUCACAUGAACCUCUCGAAAAUGGCCAUGGACAGUAUCCCUGUUUUAUCUGCAAGGGUCUGUUUCCUGGCAAUCAAAUGGAAUGGCUGUCGACAUCGGCUGAACACAUGAAUUCCCAUGCGAUGCAUUUUCCAUGCUUGAAGACAAGCGAAGGAGGCUCAAAUCGUGUUUUAGCAUGUACACGGUGUGUUACCCAUUUGGCGAAGCAAUGGGAGACAAUGGAUGCUGAACGGGUACCGCUGGAGCAUCGUCGGUACAACAUUCCAUCGCCAAUUCCGGCAGCUGGAUCGCCAAAUGGAUCACGUGGAUUGGGUGGAAUAAAUACACCACCGUCAACACCAUCGGUGGCAUCAACGCCAGCCAGCACGUCAAUUUACUGUUUCCUGUGUGGCCUCCAUUCGGAUUUAACCCUAGCACGUGUAUUGUAUGCCAGCAAGGAGGGCUCCAGGCCGUACUUUCCAUAUCUAUUGAAACACAAAUCACCUCCAAAUGCUGAACAAUUGCGCUCGGACUAUUCUGCCCUCGUAUGCACUUUCUGUUACCAUUCACUGCUGAGUCAGUGGCGAAAGUAUGAGGCCCAAAACGCAAUUACUCCAAAUGAGAGAAAGUAUAAUUGGCAUGACUAUUGCUGCCAUCUGUGUGGCAUCACGACAUAUCGCAAGAGGGUUCGAGCACUGCCCAUUCGUGAGUUUCCUUUUGUGGCCAAUCGGAAGAGUGACGGAGCUCUCCUACUAGAAAAUGGAGAUUAUGCUGUCGUCUGCCUCGACUGCUACGAGGGUCUGAGACAACAAUCUGCAGAUUAUGAUCGGUGGAAUGUUCCCAUUGAGAAGAGAGAGUACAAUUGGGUACCACAGCCUCCACCACCAGAAGAUAGUCCUGAUGUCGCUGUGGCUAGAUUGCCGAGUGGUGAACGUUCUGACAAAAUCGUGAGCUACAAACCAAAUUCUGUUAUGCGGUCAAAUCCCAAUAAGAAAAACUGUUCUCCAAAGCAAUCAAGUGAUAAGAGAGAUCCAAUUCAACCAAAACCAGGUCAGAAGAGACCAAGUCCAGCACCACCAAUCCCAUCAUCGCCACAUUUGCAUCAGAGUGCGGCACAGUUGUCAAAUCACGUGUCCAAUCACUUGCCACCGGGAGCCGGGAGUGUGUCCGGCGUGGCUCAGAAUCCCGCCACCAGUGGCCGUGGACCCUUUGCAUCGGCGCUGCGCAACUUGGCGAAGCAGGCUGACAUCAAGGAUGAGGAUGGGGGGACAACUCCGGUUGGGGGCGGUGGUGGGGGUGGUGGGGUGUCUGCUGGUGGUGGUGGUGCAAGUGGAGCCAAUCCAGCCAGUGGCGCCGGUGGAAAUCUCAGCAGUGAUGCCGUUCGAGGUGUAAACAGUGGUGCGACAUCACUUAUGACGACGGUGCAACGAAGUGGAACGCACGAUGGCAGGGUGACAGGAGAUGGGCGUGGCAGCUCAAAUCAGACACACACGUCCGAUGUCAGACAAUCGGUGGUUGCAGAUGAUCGAGGUGUCAAGAAGAGGACAUCAUCACCACCACCUGAAAAGAUGGCACGUUUGAGUAGCAUACAGCCAGAUUUGGCAUUGGCCAGGAGUGGUUUUCAGCCAUAUCGACCGGAUGAGAGGUUGACCCAUCCAGCUGGUGCAUUUCCAAUUGAAGCCUACACUUCAUUCGGGGCUAUUCCGGGCCUUCCUCCAGGGAGCCUCUUCAAUCCGGCUGCCCUGCAGUACCCAGAGCAAUUGUAUCUGGAUCAGCGAAUCCAGAGUAUGUUCCGUAGUGUUGGGCAUCAUCCUCAUGCUCAUCCCCAUCCCCUCUAUUCACCCCUGGCCUCCCCCUAUGCGCCCCAUCUGUACGGUAUGCUACCGACAGGUGCCGCCCUGGGCCUAGGAGUGCCGGGAUUCCAUGAGCGUAUGAAGCAGGAAGAGGAGCAUCGGGCUCGAUUGGCACGGCAGGAGGAAGAGCGUGAGCGUGAGAUGCAGCAGAGGGAGAAGGAGAGGGAAUUGCGGGAGCAGAGGGAGAGGGAGCAGAGGGAGAAGGAGGCAAGGGAAAAGGAACAGAGAGAGCGUGAACAGAGGGAGAAGGAACAGAGAGAGAAGGAGGCGAGGGAAAGGGAGAUGCGUGAGAAGGAGAGAGAAGCUGCUAGGGAAAGAGAAAGGUUGCAUACAGCAGCAGCUUCUCAUCACUAUCCACCUCAGAUGUACACUCAUCCCUCCAUGAGGAAUAUGCCGCACAAUUUACUUGGGCAAUUGUUGCCACCGGGUCCAUCGGGUUUGGCAUCGUUGACAAUGGGCUUAAGGCCACCGCCACAAUCCUCCUUGCACUCCAUAUCUCAGUUAUCGCCCUAUCAUACGUCAUCGCAACGUCAGAGUCCCCAUGCAGCAAUGAGUCUCAAUCUUGGCAUGGGACUACCACCGAUGCCUCCACAUUCUGUUCAUUCAUCUUUGAAUCUGUCUCAUCAUCUUCCCCUGGGACAUCCAUCAGCUGUUCCUGUCACUCAUCCCAGUCUCCAUCCUUCGGCAGCUGCUCUUGGGGUUGUUCCCACGAGUCUUGCUCUGGCUGCCCAUCCGAGUUUGCUGGCGCAUCAGGCGGCCAGUGGGAGUUUGAAUUUGAGUAGUACGGGAUCACCGGGAGGAGCGCUGAAUUUGGGCAGCGCAAGUCAGCACAGUGUGAAUUUGACGGUGGAUCGGGAGCAGCAACAGAGAGAGAGAUCUGCUGGAGUUUAUGGGGGAUACUCCAUGCCAGUGUCGACUUCGAGUGGACCAAUGCCAAGGAGUUCAUCGGCUAUUCCAGUUGCUGCUGUGACGUCAGCUCAGCAGACAGUUGGGCACUAUCCAACGCCGGCUAGGCCAUCAUCUCAGCCACAAAGUGUUAGUAAUAAUAGUGUCAUGACAUCGAGCAGUCUCACGAUACCAAAAAGUCCACAAAUGGCACCAGUUACGACGCCCAAUAAUUGCACCGCCACCAGCGCCCCUGGUGGCAUAAUGGGCAAGCAAACACCGGUGACGGAUGGUCCACCGGGUGGAAAUGGUGAUAGUGGACAGACGACACCAACAGCUCAACCGGUUGGUGGGAAUCCGGUGGAAAAUGGUGCCAAUUCGUCGUCUGACGAAAUGAGUGGGAAGGAAGGGGAAAAUGGAAGUGGAGGGGGAAGUGACAAGGAAGCAACUUGUACGAGCAAUGGAGCCGAAAAGGUCGAAUCGCAGUCGGCCAAUCAGAUAAACGCAGCAGAUGCAGCAGCAGCAGCAGCAGCAGCUGCAGCGGCUGCAGCCGCGAACAACGGUGAGACAGGAAGUGUUAGUAGAGUGCCAACACCACCAGCCGAUGGGGUGGUGGUGGCUAAAAUAAGUGGGGGAACUGACAAUGGUAGCAAUAGUCUUGAGAUAGCAGAUAAGGCACAGGCACAGCAAACAGAAAAUACAUAAUGCAGACACAAGAAAACACAAAAAAAGAUGCAAGGAGAUUGUUAUAAAGAUUUUUCGAUGAAUAUUUUUAGUCUUUAUUGUUCUGUUUUCAAUUUGUUAUGGCUACUCCCGGCUCGUUUUAAGUAGAGAGAUCAAAAUUGUGGUUUAUCCUUUGCAAACCUGUAAAUAGCAUCUGGUAACCCUAAUCCAGGGGCCCAUCAAGCCUAAUAAAAAGUGAAGCUAUUUUUCACUUUUCCUUGUAAAAAUUUUGCAGCUAUUGCACCGUGUCUAAAACAAAUUUGCUCGUAGUUCUUGUAUUAUUUCGGCGAACAUUAUGAAAAAUGUAUUUUUAGAUAGCUUUUAAUGCACGAUUUCGAAAUAUAUCAGACUUUAUAAGUCAAUUCUCUUUAUGUCCUCUACACAUUGGGAGCAAUUUUUGUCAAAAAUUGCUUUUUUGAAGGAAAUUCCCUGCAGCGUUGUAGGGGGAAACGUCAAAUUUCUGUCAAAAACGCAAUUUUUGACGAAAAUUGCUCCCAAUGUGUAGACGCCUUUAGGAGAAAACUUGCCAAUAGUCUUCAGUGUCUCUAUGCAAAAACGUAUGGAAAACUGAAAUGUCAAGAGGCCCCUGCCCUAAUCAGUAAUUUGCCCUUUGAUGGUCAUUUUCUCUAUGCGAUCAUUUUUAGUGUAAGUUUUUCUCUGUUUCUCUGAGUUUUUCUCUGCAAAACUCAGUUAACAAUUUGGGAUUUUUGGUUACCUAAUCAAAAUGUACUUGUCUAUCUUCUAGGGUAAAUGUCCUAAUUCAAAACCAUUUCCAGAGGCUUUAACUUUGACACAAGAUUCAACGCAUUAAGCUCAUAUUUUUUUCUAAAGAGAAUUACAUAAAUUUGCUCAUUGACUCUUCUGGAAUGUUACUGUUUAGUGAAAAUUCUUUAAAUAUACAACUUAAAUACAAAAAAAAAACACAAAAGUGCAAAAUGCUUCUA